AUGGCAACGGGCAAUAUCUGCGCAGAUAGUGGCCGCAUGCCCACGCCCAUUGUGCAAAAUCUUUGUGCCCGUGCCAGUACCGCCACCGCCGCCACGGCAAAGAAACUUGUGUCAUGUCUUAUCCGCGGGCAAGGCUCGCCCGUGGGCAGAGCGUACCCGCCAAAUGGGGAAGACAAUGGUAGCUGCGAGGCGGAGAUGGCCCCGGCCGCGGUCCACGGCGGUGUAGGGGCGAAGAUGGCUAAGCGAGAAGGCGGCGCGGGCGGCGGCUACUGGCCGCAUGGCGGUCGCAAAAGGCGGCCUGGGCGCGAGCGGGCGGCCAUGGGCUUGAUCCCACAGAGGCGAUUCGCUGAAGGAUGCGCCUUGCAGGCGAACAAAGGAACCGCAUCCACCGUCGCCACCGCGAGAUCCCCUAAGCCGUUCUCGCUAGUCAAGGCUCGUGGUCGCGACCUUCCUCCUCUUCCACCGGCCCCUUCUCUUCUCUCGCAGCAGGGUGUGGCGAAAAAGCAGACUCGACAAUGGGCUGCGUGGACACACCAAGAGGAGGAGAAUUUCUUCAAUGCACUGCGGCAAGUAGGAAAAAACUUCGACAAGAUUACACACCGUGUUCAGAGUAAAAACAAGGAUCAGGUCAGGCAUUACUAUUACCGUCUUGUUCGACGCAUGAAGAAGCUAUUGGGUCCUAGGUUCUCACUUGAUGCAAAAAACUCCAAGGAUACCAUUGCUGCUAUGCUUCGCUGGUGGUCUCUGCUUGAGAAAUUUAGCUGCAGUGCAUCAAAGCUGCAUCUGAAGCCUCGGAGGUUCAAAACAUUUGUAGAAGCAUUGGGAAAACAACUGCUAAAGGACAGAAAUAAGUCCAGGAGAAAGCGUUCACGAGUGGAUAUGUGCCUACCUUGUCCAUCUCCAAUUAUCAGCAAGGCUCCUGGAAAUGAGACUCCUCCUGUAAAGUUCCUGUCAGUAGAUGCUCAAAAUGGUAGCAGAGUAGCAUCUCCUAAAGGGACAAUUUUCAAGCGGGUUGCUGAACCAAUUUCUAACAAGUCAGGAACAACUAAAGGGGACCUCUCCGCCACAAGAACCGUGAAACAAAAAAGGAAGGCAGGUGGCGCUGUUGCAUCUACUGCAUAUAAAAAAUGGGAGAGAGCGGCCAUGGCUGGUGUUUCUUUAGUUGCUGAUGCAGCUGAGGAGCUCGAGCGCAACACAAUUAACCCGGGCAUUUUAUGUAAUGUUGAUGCAAGAACACUGACUUCAUCAUCAGAUAGACUUUCUACUGCUGAUGGCAUCAGCACAAAUCAUAUGAAGGAAGCAGAUUCACAAGCACCUGUGAAGCUGAAGCUACAGUUAUUUCCAAUAAAUGAAGCUACUCGGAAGGCAUUGGAGAAGGAUGACCAUAAUCCUCAUCUAGAGCUCACAUUAAGCUCUAGGAAGAAAAUAUCAUCUGUGCUAGAACAUCUAAACCGAAAAUGGGGUAACUCAAACAUCGCAUCUGGAGAGCUUAUUCUUUUUCCGUAUUGUGCUAAUCAAGAGGAUUUGGCUACAUAUCAGAGGUGGACAACAAGAGAUACUGUUGCAGUAGCUGAUGUGUUUCUUUCUGUGAAUAGCCCUUCUGUUUUCCGUUUAAGGUAUGGUUGGUUUUCCCUUGUUGAGCUUGGAGCAGGAGUAAGUGAAAUAUCUUUAACCCAUUUUGAGGAUUGCAUGAUACCAGAAGUCAUCCAAGUCAAAUCGCCAUCAGGAGAUAAGGCUUGUGUGCAAAAGGAUGGUACUUUGCUCAGUAAUUGCACUCACAAGCAAUAUCCUUGUAGUUCAGUGUUAUUGCAUAUGACACCAUCUAGUACAGGCAAGAAUUCUGAGCUUCCAGAUCAGCCAGCUAAUGUGCCCCCCUCUCAGUUUGGCAGCCAAAAGCAAGUGCAGGUUCCUGUAACCCAAGCUUUUGAGGGUGAUCAGGGAAUGAAUUGUGUGGCAAUAUCUGAAGUAGAGUGGGCAGACACCCUUACAGAUAUCAGUGUUGGGCACUUACUGACAGAAGCAUCCAAAGGUCCUCAUUUGGAUUGCAUAGGGACUAGUGUAAAGAAUCCUUUGUUUCUUGAGAACCCAUGCAGCUAUGACUCGUUUGAUGCUGCUGUUGCCCUUCAUGCUUCUCGUUAUCAAGCAUCCGAGCAGCCAGCCCAUGCUCCCCAUUCAACUAUAUGGGGAGCAGAAGAAACAUGUGAUGAGUUCACCUUUAAUUUGUCAGCCUCCAGGAAGCAAGAAGGCUCAAACACUCCUAGCAGCUCUCCUGAUACUGACAAUGAAGUUCAUCCCUCAAAUUCGGAAGGAUUUCAAGCUUUUCUUCAGGACUUGACUGGAGAGGAUGAUGCUGAUAAUCCUUAUAACGACGAUGCCAAAGACGAAGAGGAGUUGUGUGCUAAAUCACCACCUCGAAAUGAUGAAACGAAUGAGUUGAAGGAUCAAUCUUUAGCUGACAUAUAUUGGCCUGAUUCACUCGGACCACUGGACUUGGACGUACCGUCUGUGAGAUAUCAAGCCGAUGACAUGCUGAUAGGGGACAGUCAAAAUAGUUGGAACCGCCUGAUGGCAAAUAGCCUCGAUGCAUUUCGAAACCUGUCAUUCUUCUCAGAUAAGAAUGACUCGAUUCCAUCGAUCAUGUAG